CCAUCAUUUUUACAAUUUUAUUCUGUCUUGCUUAAAUUUUCUUAUUUGUUGUCGAAUUUUCAUAGAUUAAUUAGUAAAAAAAGUAUUGAAUAUUUAAUAUUUAAGAAUUUUAUAACCAUAAAUGCAGUAACAACUCAACUUGUAUAUACAAAAUGCUGAAAAGUAGUAAUUUCGAAAGUAUUAUUAGCGCUGUGGAAGCGGAAGGUCAGCAACCGAACAACAACUCAGCUGAUUUGCAACAAGUGCCCACAACGCUGCCUAAUAGCAAUGCCAACUGUGGCGUUGAGACACAAUUGUAUAAUAACACCUUCACGUCGCCAAGCAAUUGCAAAAACAAUAACAAUGUGGAUUAUAAUGACAUGCGUACAACAGAAACAACAGCUGAAAUGCCAGAUUCCUUGGCUACCAAGCAGUUGGCCAGCGGGAUCUUGCAAAUUUUUGAGCCACCGCUGGUCAAAGCGCGCGGACAAUUGAAGGAGCUCAUUGGUAAACAGAAUAAAAUCUACAUUGAUUUGUCGGCGGAGAAAUUCAAAUUGGAUAACGCUGAGACGGUGAAGCUGCACGAAAUGAUGAACAAUGUAAAGAUUUAUCGUGAAAAAUUGGUCAAGAUUAAAAAGCAAAUGCAAAGCAUUUAUCAGCGCACUAAAGUUUUGAAGAAACGCGCACUCAACGUGCAGGCCUGCAAACAGAAGGAGCUACAACGUAAACUGCAAAAACAACAGCAAGAGGAGGCCUUAAUCGCCAAACAGCAACAACAAACGCAAGCCACAACGCCGAGGCAGUGAAGCGUAUGAACAAAAAAAAAGUCAACGCGAAGCAUACUUGGAAGUUUCGUAUGUAAAAUUGUGUUAUUUAAAUUUACAUUAUAUUUCAAAGACUUGCAUAUUAUUUUAGUUAAAAAAUUAAAAUUUUAUAUAUAUAUUUUAUAUAUGAAAUAUACAUGAAUACAAUUAAAAGAAAAGAAAAUACCGUAUGCACAUGAGCGCCAUGCCUUAUCUCGUAUACAAUUUAGGCUUAAGCUAUAAAUAAUGCAUGUUUUUAAACUAUAUUAAGCUAACAAAUUGGUGAAAUAUUUUAAAAAUUUAAUAAAUUUUACUAUUUUUUAAGUUUUUGUGCCUAGUGAGAGAGACUUUUGUGCACAACACUAAUAUGCUUUGGUUUUGCGGAAACGGCUGGAUUAAAAACAAUAAAAUUUUGAAACUUAAUUAUUGAAGAUAUUAAAAAAUCAAA